UUUAGAGGUAGUAUUUAUUGUAGCAUUUGAAGAGAGUUCCAGAAUGGCCUGUUGGUGUUUGAUUGAACUUGUAUUGCUCACCACAUCUCACCACAACAUGCUGAGACUGUUUGUGUUGCUUACAGCAGUGGUCUGCUGUAAUGCAUCCUGCAGAAAAGAAAUAAUGCCCACUCAAGAUACCACAGACAGCCCACAAGGUUGUCCUGGUUCUGAUGGAGAUCUCCAUGAACUUAACUCUGAAUGGGUGAACGGAUAUGAAAAAUGUGUCUGUGGGAAUUCUGGAAUCAUCUGUUGUUUAAGCCUUGAAGGUUAUGGCCCCUAUGGACACAGAUUUGGAGGUUAUGGGCCCUUACAACAAUAUGGAGGUUAUGGGCCCUAUGGACAAUUUGGAGGUUAUGGGCCCUAUGAACACUUUGGAAGUUAUGGGCCCUUUCAAAAAUAUGGAGGUUAUGGGCCCUAUGGACAAUAUGGAGGUUAUGGGCCCUAUGGACAAUAUGGAGGUUAUGGGCCCUAUGGACAAGGUGAUGGAGGUCAUGGGCCCUCUGGACCAGCUGAAUAUUAUGGACAAGGUGACAGUUGGGAGGAUCUUUACGGACACAAAAAACAUAAAAACAACAUAUGCAACCACCUUCCUGGGAAAUACGAACACUCUGACCUGUGCACAAACACUUCCGCUAGUUAG